CUUUAAGUGCUAAAAAGCCUGUUGUCGCUUUGGAAUCCACUAUUAUUUGUCAUGGCAUGCCAUAUCCGCAAAAUGUUGAAACGGCUAUUGCUGUUGAAAACAUUGUACGUGAGAAUGGUAGCAUACCAGCUACAAUUGCAAUCUUGGAUGGAAAAAUUAAUGUUGGACUUACAUCAAACGGAUUGGAAAAACUCGCAAAAAUGGGACAACAAGCAGUAAAAGUUUCUCGAAGAGAUCUUGCAUUAACUAUUUCACAA